AUGAUAGCUUGUUUUUGGAAUGUCAGAGAGUUCAACAGUCCUUUGAAGCAAGUGCAGGUAUUCUCGAGACUUGGUAAACUAAAUGUGGAUGUUAUCUGCCUUAUGGAAACUAGGGUGAGGUCUGCUAAUAUGGCUAGAGUUAUUGAUUGUUACUCUUCAGAUUGGGAUAACUUCUCAAAUCAUGAGUGUUCUGGAAAUGGUAGAUUAUGGAUUUUUUGGAGGAAAGGUCUAAAUUUUUCUAUUUUGGCUGCUUUUGAUCAGUCUCUGUCCAUAGUUGGUGAGAUUAAUGGUCAUAGAUGUGUCAUUACAACUGUUUAUGGUUGUAAUACUGGUGCUGAAAGGCUACAUCUCUGGAGGCAGUUGAAUGAGGUGGAAAGUAUGGUGGGGGAGUCAUCUUGGCUUAUUGGAGGCGAUUUCAACUUUUUUGCUUAUGCUGUUGAGAGUUCUGAUUUUGAGAGGCUAGGUCUCUAUGAUAAUGCUGAUAUGGAAGCACUCAGGAAUUGCUUGUCUUCUUUGGAGCUCAUUGAUCAUCCUUUUGACAACCAUGCUGACAGACCUAAGCCCUUCAAGUUCUUCAAUUGUUGGGCUAGGCAUGAGGAGUUCAUGAAUGUUGUAAAGGAGUCUUGGCAGUCUGAAGUUUCUAGCACUGCUAUGUGCUGUCUUUUCGCCAAGUUGAAAAGACUUAAGUUGAGACUAAAAGAAUUUAACAGAUGUCAUUUUGAGGACAUCUCCAAAAGGGUAAAUGACAAGAGGAACCAGCUUGAGCAAAUUCAACUUGCUAAUCUUUCACAUGCUGGCUGUUAUAUUGAUGAAAAGAAUACCCUCCAAAAAGAGCUUCAUGAUCUUGAAGUGGUUGAAGCUUCAUUCUACAAGCAGAAAGCCAAAAUCCAUUGGCUUAAGGAGGGUGAUAGGAAUACUAAUUUUUUUCAUUCUGCUAUGAUAAGGAAGAUAAAGAGAAAUACUAUCAGAUUACUUUAUGCUGAGGAUGGUUCCAGGCUAGAUACUUUUGAGGCCAUGUCUGCUGAGAUGGUGAGAUUCUAUACUGAGCUUCUUGGCAUUGAAGACCCUGGUGUUAAAAGCUGUGAUGUGGAUGAUCUUAAUAGCUUACUGGGGUAUGACCUCCCUUGUGAGGCUGCUGUGGCCUGGGAUAUUGUUCAAGGGGAUUUCCUGGCUGCCAUUAAAGAGUUUUUCCAGACUGGAAUCUUGCUGCCUGCCUUCAAUGCUACAGCCAUUGUUCUGGUGCCUAAGGCUCCCAAUGCAGGUAUGGCUAAGGAUUUUCGCCCUAUUUCCUGCUGCUCGGUUAUGUAUAAAACUAUUUCUGGCAUCAUUGUCAACUGUUUGGCUAGUUUCUUCCCAGACAUGAUUUUGCCUAAUCAGUCUGCUUUUAUUAAGGGUCGUAGUAUUGUAGAUAACACCCUUCUAGCCCAGGAAAUAGUUAAGGGCUAUUCUCGCAGGACAUUGUCCUCUAGAUGUGCUCUUAAGAUUGACCUUAGGAAGGCUUUUGAUUCUAUUUGUUGGGAUUUUUUGAUGAAAGUGCUUGCUACCCUGGGGCUUCCUGAGGUACUUAGAGCUUGGAUCAGGGCUUGUAUCACUGGUGCAAGAUUCUCUGUGGCAUUUAAUGAGAGCUUAGAGGGGUUUUUUAAGGGAGAAGUGGAAUUAGGCAGGGUGACCCACUGUCCCCAUACCUUUUUGUCCUGGUUAUGA